AUGUUGCAAGAUGUUUGCAGCAGCUUUUCCGAUGCUUCAACAGAAGGUGUUGAUCCUGAUAAUAUUGUGGAAGUAUACUCGGAUCAGAUGAGAUUGGAUGAAUUCUCUGAAAAUUUUGAGGAUUUGGAAGAAGUAUCAUGGGAACAUCAGCAAGCGUUCAAUUCGGAGGAUGUUGGCAUGCCCAAUGGAUUGGAAGUGUUGAAAGAAUUAAUUGGAGAAGACGAUUUGUUGUGGCAUGAGGACCAAUCAGCCUAUUCCGAAGGAUCAUAUUUUAGUAAGGAAAGUUGUGAUGAUAUCGGUUAUGGAGAGGGAAUUAUGAGCAAUAUGACUUUUCUGUGUUUCCCUUUGGUAUCUUCUUCAUCAUCGCUCACACAAUUGGAUGAACCACUUUCAAGCAACCACUUGAAAGACUCGAUAGAGAGUGAACUCUUCACAUCUGCACCAUUGACGAACACUAAGGGACAAAAUUAUUAUUUUCAAAUUACCAUUGCUCCCUAUCAAGGUGACGAAAAAUUGAAAUGUUGCAUUCAAAUUGAUGAAUGUUGUGGAACAUUGAUUAAUUCUCGAAUUCAGUAUGAUUUUUUGCGAGAAUUUGUCAGAAUUUUUGAGCUUUCCUUUGAGAGACGAGGAAAUUUAAAUGUUACAAAUAUUAUAGAUCAUGCGGAUACCAUUUCUUUUUUGAACAACGAAUUUGAAGUGAGCAUGGAGCUACUCAAAAAGAGAGAGACAGAACGCCAUUUACUGGUGAUUCCAGUUAAAAUUCAGACUCUUGUCAUUUAUUUAGGAUUAUCAUUGGUAGACGUCUCAACCGAUGUUAAUAGCAACAUUCGAGUGUCUCAUAAUGCAUUCUCAUUUGAAAAUGAAAGACGUGAUGGUUUAUUGAAAUAUAUCGAGACGAACUCUCUAAUUUCAAUGAGCGAAGGUAUCAGCAUUCAACAGAGCGACACGGUGAACGAAGAAAAUACAACCAACCAAAGAGAAAAUUUGUUUAGCAUGGCAGAUGUGGCCAUGUAUGAGGAAGCACUUUAUGAUGAGAAUUCUCAAAGACUGUUACUCAUUAAUAUCCAAAAAACGUCUCAUGAAAAAUUCUGUUUUACUCCCAUCUCGAAACAGCCCACACUUACGCUGAACGAUGUACACUUUUCGUUGAAUUCAGUUCAAGAGACCAAAAGCAGCAUUACCAUGAGCUUUAGAAUGAGCAACACAAGACUCAACCAAGACGCAUGGUCCAAUGACAUGUAUACCCUAUGUGUUAAUAAGGCAUUCUCUCAUACAUUUUCUGGUAAAGGUAUUAGGAGUUUUAGAGAAUCUACACAUCUCGCAAAUUAUACAGUGGCUGAUAGUUCAGAAAUACCUUCAUAUUUCGAGCUGUUGGAAUGUAGUCAUGCUAUCACACAUAGUAUUGAUCAUAGCUUUAUGAAUAUUGCAUUACGUCAUGCUAAAAAGAGAGAUGUCAUGGGGUUCACUCUUCUUGAAACUGUACUGUGUUUGAGGUUGAAGGACCAUGUCACAUUUCUGAUAGAGCGUAUGGGAUGUGAUCCGAGCUUGACAAACCCCAUUAACGGUAUGAAUGCAUUCACAUGGAAUUCGUAUUGUAUGACAACUUUGCUACAGAAUAGUUUGCACAAGUUGGAUCAUAAGUUUCUGCUUCAAUGUUGGUCCACUUAUUGUGUCAACUCUCUGAAAGAUUUAAAUAAGGAUCUUUCGUUACCAGAACGAUUUCGAACUGUCAUGAAAAAGCUGUGUUUGGAAUGUUCUACCUUGGAUGAGAGUAGCUCAAUACAAUUACAAAAUCAUUUGAAUACUACUUGUUUUUUGGUCAGUCACUUUCGACGCGAGCCAAAAGGUAUCUAUUUAGCGUUUGAUAUUGAGGGCCAUAGAUUAGGCCUUAUUUUUGGAAAUAAUAUUUUGGCGUGGGAUGAUUACUCGCUGCUUGUGUCUGUCACACCUUGUAAUGACACGUCCACAUACUUGUUGUGGUGCCUCUUUGAAUUGUCGAGUGGGGACAAGAAACUACAGAUGCAAAAGUUUGCUCGAAGCAUUAGUGAAACGAGUUGCAAUUGGAAUUGUAAAGUGUCAUCCACCUCAUACAAUAGCGGUCACUUUUGCAUUUAUUUGCUUAAAAAGCUUCACUUAUGGGAAGCUAUUUCAACGGAAAUGCAAGAACAACUCUUGCAUUUCACAUUUGGAAAAGAAUAUAAAUUCGAAAAAUUGGACAGAAACAUUGAAUACAGCACGCUGAUUGAUGAAUCAUCAGAGUUGCUUAAUCUUGCUACACAAGCCGAUUACAUGUCUCUGGAUCAGAUUAUUGAGCUACUACAGGAAAACGAUAAACAUCACAAUGAUGAUCAAACCGAGGAGACAUUUCUGUUCGAGCAAGAUUUUAAUCUCGAGCAAUUGGAAUUUAUGAGAGAUGAAUUUCACAAAGUAGGAGAGGGUGGAUUCAGUACCGUGUACAAAUGUUUUGACAAAGUACAACAUCAGUGGAAAGUUUUAAAAAUUGUUUCAACUGAUAUUGAAGCUGAAUGGAAUGCCUGUAAAGUAUUUCAAAAUAUGAAGAGCGAUUUUCUUGUGCCCAUUGAGGACUUUGGUAUGCUCGAUGAUGAGUUGUACAUUCUCAUGCCUUAUUAUCACUUUAAAGAUUUACUACAUUUCAUUUCGAUACAACGUUCUCUAACACCCAAACAUUUGAUGAGCAUUUUCUAUCAAAUUGGAAAAGCUCUAUGUGAUAUUCAUGCUCAUGGACUCAUUCACAGAGAUGUUAAAUUGCAAAACAUUUUUGUUGAGGGUUUUGAGGCUGAUCACAAUAUUCGAGUGAAACUUGGAGAUUUUGGAUGUUUUAUUAAAAAGAGUGAAAAUGGACAAAUUGAAGACCUUGAAAACUAUCAUUCGUUUGGAUCUGAAACUUACAAGCCACCAGAAAGUUCUCAACAAAUUUGGACCUCUCAAUCCGAUGUGUGGAGUUUAGGAGUUUCCAUGUUGCAAUUAGUGUUAUUGUUGAUGCGGAAGAAUCAUGAAUCAUCUGGUCACCAAACGGUUACACAAAUUACAAGUGAGGAAUUAUUUCAAGAGGAGUUCAAACAGCAUGUUUUCAAAUGUCUUUCCAAGAAAUAUGAAUUCCUUAUUCCAAUAUUCGAGAAAUGUCUUCGAUUGGACCCUAGUGUGCGCAUCAAUUCUCAUUCGCUUGUUGAAAAGUUGGAACAAUUGGAACGGGAGUUUGUUGAAUGA